AUGGGGGUAUUGGGAAAGGAGCUGGAGCUCGCUGAUGAGUUCGAGGGUGAGAUUAAUCUCCCACACUCACCGCGGGCUGACGAGGCCGAACUGGGGGAGGAAUAUGUGCUGUCUCUCAAAUCUUCUUAUCCAGCAGGAAGUGCUCUGCUGGCUUCUAGCCAUCAUGAGCAGGAUUUGGCUGAAAAGGUGAAGAGGAUUCUUCAGAGCUUUCACAGCCAGCCUGCCCUGCCUAUGUUGAACUGCUGGAGGAUAUGGAGCAUGUUACUGCUAGAACCUGUAGAUGCUCUGGGUGAUGCUCACUUUGGACCAGGUUCAGGACGAAUCUGGAUAAGUUUUCUUAAGUGUAGGGGAUCAGAGUCCACACUGAAGAACUGUGGGUCAGGAGGAUGGGGCACACACAACUGUGAUCAUAAUAAAGAUGCUGGUGUCAUCUGCUCAGAAGUCAGGCUGGUUGGAGGUUCUCGCUGCUCUGGGAGGUUAGAGAUACUUCAUGAUCAGACGUGGAUGUCAGUGUGUGAUGCUGUCUUUGACCAGCAGGAUGCAGAGGUUGUGUGUAGAGAGCUGGACUGUGGGGCUCCUGUACAGGUGCUGGGAGCAGCUGCUUUUGACAAAGGAGACGCUCAGAUGUGGACACAAGAGAUUCAGUGCAGAGGAAAUGAGUCUCAGAUUCACCUCUGUCCAACAUCCCUUUAUAAAAACCAUUGUUCAGAUGAUAACUUCCAGGAGCUGUUCUGUGCUGAGAGAAUGAAUGUGAGGUUGGUUGGUGGUAACAGUCGCUGUGCUGGUAGAGUGGAGGUUCUUCACAGAGGUCAGUGGGGAACAGUGUGUGGUGAAUUCUGGGAUAUGACUGAUGCUGCAGUGGUCAUAAGGCUUCCAGACUUGCUGCUGGAUUUCACCUGUGCUCUGGGAGGUUAG